AUGUGCAUCUUUACUGAUUACCUCUACGCCUGCAAUCACCGAUUCGCCAAGCACUCAUUCUGCACUCACCCUUGUGCCAAUUCCGAAGACUUCCAUGGCCACGGCCUUAGCAAGAUAAAUCCCAUGAGCAGCAGCCAGAACUGUCCAGACAAACAAACGAAGGAGAUCGUCUUUCGGUUCGCCUGCCCUAAAUGCUGCAAAAAACAUUCCAAAGAUCCAGAUACAGCUCCCAUAUUCAUCAACGACGAGCUCUGGCAACUUUCCGAGGUUAGAUCACGUGGCGAGCAGCUAUGCACCAUAGAUUCCUGGGUAGAGUCCAGUAGCUAUGACGAGUCUUGGGGCAAACGCAGCGUCAGUCCGAAAGGUAGGUCUGGCAGUGGAGCUCGAACGCUGAAGAACGUCGCGCGAAACGUGCUGGGUCGGGUGAAGAAGACUUUGCUGCGGGAUCGUGAGCCUGAUGAUGGGUUCACGGAGAAGGAGAUUGAAGAGCUAUUUGUUGAAGAUCCACGACGGGAAGGUAGGCGACCCCUCCAAGCAUCGAUGGGCUCGGCGAGUCUUGGUACGAAAGUGAUUAAGGGAGAUAGAUAG